CCCGGCGGUCCCCGCGCGCAACAGGUCAGGGCUAGGCUGGGGCCGGGCGCCCGGUGCUCGCUGAGGCGGCGGCGGCGGCGGCUACGGCUGGGAGAGCCGGGCCGGAGCCCGCGGCAGAGGCCGUGGCUAGUACUGGGAGGGCGGCGGGGAGGGACGCGGGAGGAAGAUGGCGACGUCGGGGGCGAACGGGCCCGGCUCGGCCACAGCCUCAGCUUCCAAUCCGCGCAAGUUCAGUGAGAAAAUCGCGCUGCAGAAGCAGCGUCAGGCCGAAGAGACGGCGGCCUUCGAGGAGGUGAUGAUGGACAUCGGCUCCACCCGGUUACAGGCCCAAAAACUGCGACUGGCGUACACACGGAGCUCCCACUAUGGUGGCUCUCUGCCCAACGUUAACCAGAUUGGCUGUGGCCUGGCUGAGUUCCAGCAGAGCCCUCUCCACUCACCUUUGGAUUCAUCUCGGAGCACUCGGCACCACGGGCUGGUAGAACGGGUGCAGCGAGACCCCAGGAGAAUGGUGUCCCCACUCCGACGCUACCCCCGCCACAUUGACAGCUCUCCCUACAGCCCUGCCUACUUAUCUCCUCCCCCGGAAUCCAACUGGCGGAGGACAAUGCCCUGGGGCAAUUUCCCUGCAGAGAAGGGGCAGUUGUUUCGACUCCCAUCUGCACUUAACAGGACCAGCUCUGACUCUGCCCUUCACACAAGUGUGAUGAACCCCAGCCCUCAGGACACUUACCCAGGCCCUGCACCUCCCAGCGUCCUGCCAGGCCGCCGAGGAGGUUUUCUGGACGGCGAAAUGGACUCCAAAGUCCCCCCUAUUAAGCAGAACUUGCUGGAUGACAAGCACUUGCUGAAGCCAUGGGAUGCUAAGAAGCUGUCUUCAUCCUCUUCCCGACCACGGUCCUGUGAAGUCCCUGGAAUUAACAUCUUUCCAUCUCCUGACCAGCCUGCCAAUGUGCCUGUCUUCCCGCCUGCCAUGAAUACAGGAGGCUCCCUACCUGACCUUACCAACCUGCACUUUCCCCCACCACUGCCCACCCCCCUGGAUCCUGAGGAGACAGUUUACCCCAGCCUGAGUGGGGGUAACAGUACCUCCAAUUUGACCCACACCAUGACCCACCUAGGCAUCAGCGGGGGCCUGGGCCUGGGCCCAGGCUUUGAUACACCAGGACUUCAUUCACCUCUCAGCCACCCAUCCUUGCAAUCCUCCCUAAGCAAUCCCAACCUCCAGGCUUCCCUGAGCAGUCCUCAGCCACAACUCCAGGGUUCCCACAGUCACCCCUCAUUGCCCUCCUCCUCCUUGGCCCGCCAUGCACUGCCUGCCACCUCCCUGGGUCACCCCUCACUCAGUGCUCCAGCCCUCUCUUCCUCCUCCUCCGCUUCAUCUCCCAUGCUGGGUGCCCCCCCUUACCCAGCUUCAACCCCUGGGGCCUCCCCCCGCCACCGCCGUGUACCCCUCAGCCCCCUGAGUUUGCCCGCGGGCCCAGCCGACGCCAGAAGGUCCCAACAGCAGCUGCCCAAACAGUUUUCGCCAACAAUGUCACCCACCUUGUCUUCCAUCACUCAGGGCGUCCCCCUGGACACCAGUAAAUUGCCCACUGACCAGCGAUUGCCUCCGUACCCAUACAGCCCCCCAAGUCUGGUUCUGCCCACCCAGCCACCAACCCCCAAGCCUCUCCAGCAGCCAGGGCUGCCCUCUCAGGCCUGCUUAGUGCAGCCCUCAGGUGGGCAGCCCCCAGGCAGGCAGCUGCACUAUGGGGCACUGUACCCACCCAAUUCCAGUGGACACGGGCAGCAGUCUUACCAACGGCCAAUGAGUGACUUCAGCCUGGGGAAUCUAUCUCCGUGCAGCUUGUACUUUGAUGCCUACUGCUUUGAUGUGUUCUCUUCCUGGCACGCACAUGCACUGUCCCAGCAGUUGGAGCAGUUCAGCAUGGAGAGCCCGUCAACCAGCCUGGUGCUGGAUCCACCUGGCUUUUCUGAAGGACCUGGAUUUUUAGGGGGUGAGGGGCCAGUGAGUGGUCCCCAGGAACCCCAUGUCCUCAACCACCAGAACUUGAGCCACUGUUCUCGCCAUGGCUCAGGGCCAAAUGUCAUUCUCACAGGAGACUCCUCCCCAGGUUUCUCUAAGGAGAUUGCAGUAGCCCUAGCUGGAGUGCCUGGUUUUGAGUUGUCAACAUCUGAUUUGGAGCUGGAGGAUGAGCUGCACAUGGAGCCACUGGGCCUGGAAGGGCUCAACAUGCUGAGCGACCCCUGUGCUCUGCUGCCUGACCCUGCUGUGGAGGAUUCCUUCCGCAGUGACCGGCUACAGUGAGGGGACUUCAUCACCAUCCUUCUUGGCCCUGUCUCCCAUCACUGUCCCUUUCCUCCCUUCUCCCUGGCCAGUAGAGACUCCACUCUCUGCCCCCAGAUCCUCUUUCUAACUUGAAUGAGGGAUCCCAAGAAUGAGAAAAGGCCAAGGGGUUUGUCCAGGUGACCUCUGAAUUCUGCACAAGGGGUGGGCCUGGGGGAGCUCAAGGGAGGGCCUAAAGCACUUGUAACUUUGAACCGUCUGUCUGGAGGUCAGAGCCUGUUGGAAAGCAGGGGGUAGAGGGGAGCCCCAGAGGCAGGGCUUGUCCAGAUGCCUUGGGGUGGGCAGUGCCAGCCCCUCCUCACCACUCUUCCCCUUGCAAUGGAAGAGAGAGCCAGAGUGGAUAUUAUUUUUU